AUGGGUAAAUGGACAGAUAAACUCUAUAUCACGCACUCAGAAUGGAGUGGAGAGGUUGGCCAACACUCUGCUUCAGCUGGUAUUUCUGGAAAAACAGCAUCUUCCGGCUUUAAACGACUCCCAUUCUACUGUUGUUCACUUUCAUUACAACCUUUCGAGCAUCCAGUCUGCACAGCUGAUGGAGUCAUCUUUGACCUGGUUCACAUCAUACCCUACAUCAAAAAGUACGGCACCAAUCCCGUCACUGGUGAGAAGCUCCAGACCAAAGAUUUGAUCAAGUUGAAUUUCCACAAGAACGAAAAGGAUGAAUUUUACUGCCCAGUUACGUUCAAGGUGUUUACAGAUCAUACAGCUAUUGCAGCCAUCAAAACCACCGGCAAUGUGUUUGCAUACGAUACCAUCGAGAAACUAAAUAUCAAAGCAAAGCACUGGAGAGAUUUAAUCAAUGAUGAGCCUUUUACUAGAAAAGAUAUCAUUAUGAUCCAGGACCCUCAUAAUUUGGAAAAACGGGACAUGUCAAAAUUUGACUAUGUCAAGACCAACAAGAAGGUGGUGAACGUCGCAGAGGAACUCGAAAAACGAAAGCCCACAAACAACAUCAAUGUCGCUGGAAUGGGAAACACUAAAAAGGUAUUCGACGCACUGGCCGUCAAAAACAAAAAGGAGGAAGAAGGAGAGGAAGGUAAUACCAAGAAGGUGCCUACCACGUUUCAUCAAACCAAAGCCAAGCUGCCAUACAACGCUGCUCAUUAUACGACGGGUGAGGCAGCUGAAUCAUUCACAUCUACCGCCAUGAGCACAUACACACAAUCAACAAGAGCCUUGAUCGAUGAAGACGAUUUCAUGUACAAAAAGAUCAAAUCCAAGUCGUACGCGCGUAUCAUCACAAACUAUGGCAACAUCAAUGUUGAGCUGUUUAGUGACCGAGUGCAGCGUACCUGUCAUAACUUUGUGCAGCUCGCUAAAACUGGUUACUAUAAUGGUGUUUUGUUUCAUAGAAACAUCAAAAAGUUUAUGAUUCAAGGUGGUGAUCCUACUGGCACGGGUCGUGGUGGAGAAUCUAUUUGGAAGCGUGAUUUUCCUGAUGAAAUCAAGACGACUCUGAGGCAUGAUGCUCGCGGUGUGCUGAGUAUGGCCAACAAGGGAAAGGAUACCAAUAGCUCUCAAUUCUUCAUCACGUAUGCUCCAGCACCUCAAUUAGACGGAAAGCACACUGUGUUUGGUAAAGUGGUGGGAGGAUUGGAUGUGCUCAAAAAGCUGGAAGCCAUACCAGUGGACGAAAGAGAUCGACCCGAAAGAGACAUCAAGAUCAAGCAGAUCCAAGUAUUCGUCGACCCAUUUGAAGAGUACCAGACUAGAUUGAAAAACAAGCUUGCACAUGAAGCAAAUAGAGACGCAGAAGACGAAGAAGCACGACGAAAGCGAGAAAAGGAGGAUAAAAUGGGCUGGUUUGGACCAAGUAUAUCUAAGCAGACUGGAUCAGAGACGACUGCUAGUGUAGGCAAGUAUCUCCAAUCGGCUACUUCUGUUCCUGAUGCGUCAAAGAAGAGAAACGCUGAUCAUGUGGAUCACAGUGCGACUGAUGAAGAGGAAAUCGGUGUGUCUCAAAAGAAAUUCAAGGCAUUGCAACAACAAUCGCAGCAAAAGAAAUCUUCGUACGGAAAUUUUGAUAAUUUUUAG